AUGUGGGUUUUGCGUACUGUAGCAGAGUUGGCAGCUAAAAUUAAAAUUGGUAAGCAAUUAAGUAUGAACCCAGAAUUUUCUCGGAUGCAAGACUAUCCUAUAGCUACGGCCGGUACCUAUCAAUCAUCUUGGACGGAACCAUUCGCAGAUAGCGCUGCUACAAAUGAAAAUCGAGGGAUUACUGCAUUAGAAAUAGCUCAAAAAAAUUCCAAAAAUAAGGCUAUAAAUUAUUCCAAUGAUCAUUAUUUUAGAAGAUAUAGUUUCAGUACUGUCGAAAUACUCGCUGUCAGAGUUAUUGAGAAGUGUUGGUGGUCUUAUCGAGAUCGUCAGGUUUUCAAAUUAUUGAAAGAUGCUCUAUGUAAAGCGGAAACAUCAAUCAGCUUCGAUGUUAUACGAAAAAUAUGUCCAACAGAGUCAGAAUUGUUAAAAGAUAAAGCAUUGUCUGCAAAAAUUCGAUUUAGAUUUGGUGGUCAAGAGUUUCCUCCAAGUAUUUUGUUUAAGAUUUAUAUUGACAGAAGAAAUCUUGGAGUAAAGUACUAUAAUGGCAGAACAAUUAUAAAGCCUGCAUCCCAGGCAGCUGCUGAUGCAUGCAAAAUGAUGGGCUACAGAAAAUUCUAUGAUCAAAUGAUCGCUGAUGCUUGGGAUAGAGAAUGUCAUGAAAUCACUGAUGAAAUUGAUGUUGUUACGCUACAGGAUUAUCUUAAGCUUCAAAGUAACUUGGAUGAGAAAGAAGCAGCGAAAGGAGGCAAAGAAAAUUUGUGGCGACGAUUGUCACUAGAAAAUGUUCCACGCCAUCAUAUUAUGCAUGAUGUUCUAUCCUAUAUGGCUACUGGAGUAAUAACUAGAAAGCUUGUAGAUCAAGCCCCUCAGAUGGUAGAUUACUAUGUUCCAAAUUCUGGAUUGCCUUUGGGUCCACCAAUAUUGGCACAAACCCCAUUAUCUGCUACAACAUCUAAUGAUAGAGCAGGUUUACCAACAAACCAAGAAACUUCCCAAAGCAAACGCCGAUCAAGAAGAGCUCAAAAACGUGUAGCAUCUAUGAGAAAAAAUUACCUUAAUCAAGAUUUCGAAAGCAAUGAGCCGAAUAAUGAUAAUAAGCGGCAAAGUAAUCAGGUUAUAGGUUAUAGAGGCACGCAACAAGACAGAAAGUCAACCUCACGUACAAAUAUUGAUGAUAUCAUAUUUGAAGGAAAUGAAUGGGAAGAACAAGCAGGAGAAUUAUACGAAUGGUCCAGGGGAUUAUCCUAUGAUGACGACAUAAAUUAA